AUCAACGUCACCCCCUCAUUUCCCCCUACUUCCCUUUCACCGCCAACCUUUCUAUCUACAACAACCACAACUUCAACCACAGCUACAACUACCACCUAACUAAACUACUCUUACAGCAGUCUGAACAAACACAGCACCAAGCACGCCUCAACAAACCCAAACCCACACCCACACCCACACCCAAACCCCACAACCUAACACCAACGCAACCCAACCUCUAGAUCCCACCCAGCAACCCCCUCCAUCCAGUUCAUCACCGACCUCACUUCAACAAACACCAACCCCCCUUCUCGCCCCACCACUCUUCUCACCCAAACCUUCCAAAAAUGAACAUCCUCCACUCAACCCUAAGCACCUGGCGCGACCGCCUAGCCCCAAUCUCCCGCACCUCCACCUUCCGGACGACGGGCCAAAUCACCCCCGAGGAGUUCGUGCUCGCCGGCGACUACCUGGUCUACAAGUUCCCGUCGUGGGCGUGGGCGGACGCCUCGUCGCCCGGCAAACGCGUCUCCUACCUACCGGCCGGCAAACAGUUCCUGGUGACGCGGGGCGUGCCGUGCCACCGGCGGUUGAACGAUGAUUUCGCGGGGGAUGCGGGGCGGGAGGAGGAGAUUGUUCGGGAUAUGCUGUUUGGGGACGGGGAGGAUGCCGCAGGUGAUGAUGAGGAAGGGUGGUUGAGGACUGGUGGUGGUGGUGCUUCCUCCUCAUCACCAGCUCAGGGCGGUACCGCUGCCGGAGGAAGGAUAGGGGAUAUCCGCACCGUCGACGAAGCGGGGAACGUCGCGGACCAUGCCGAUCAAGAGGAAGAGGAGGAAGACGAAGAUGAUAUCCCCGACAUGGAGGAUGAGGAUGACGAUGAGGAGGCGAUUAUCCGGGAGCCCGUGGGGAAGAGCUCGGGGCUUUCGACACCAACAAGAACCUACAACCUCUACAUCACCUACAGCAACUUCUACCGCACCCCGCGCCUCUACCUAUCGGGCUACCUCUCGCCCUCGGAACCCCUCCCGCCCCCGCUCAUGAUGGAGGACAUCGUCGGCGACUACAAGGACAAGACCGUCACGCUCGAAGAUUUCCCCUGGUUUGACGGCAACGUCAAAAUGGCCACCGUGCACCCCUGCCGCCACGCCUCGGUCAUGAAGACCCUCCUCGACCGCGCGGACGCCGCGCUGAAGAUCCGGCGCGAGAAGCUGCGCGCUGCCGCCCAGAAACAACAGCAUGACGCCAGGGUGGAAGGGCUCGUUGAUCCCGUGCGCGGGCUUUCGGUCCACGAUUCCUCCCCAAAGGCGGAGAAACACGGCGAUGAGUGGGAGGUGCUGCAGCAUGAUCAUCACGACGACGAAGACGACGAAGAAGAACAAUUUGCGAUCCGGGUGGAUCAGUAUCUGGUGGUGUUUUUGAAGUUCAUUGCCAGUGUGACGCCGGGGAUUGAGCAUGAUUUCACGAUGGGGGUUUGAGUUUCGUUUGUGGUUUUUGUUUUUUCUUGGGUGUGUGUGUGUGUGUUGAGUUUACCUAGGUAGGUGUAGUCGGCAAAGGAGUUGGGUUGCGGUUUAGGCGUUUGUUUUUUCAUUUCAUGGUUACUUCGAGGCAUGACUUCACUUUAUUCAUCUACUAACUAACUAAACUACCAUUUGCGUCUUCUCUUAUCUUUUCUCUUGUUGAAUCCUCCGGUCGCUAAUGCUUGUCAUCUGCACUUUCUCGAAGGGAUUGUUUGUUUGUUUGCCCUCGGCGAGAUGUGACGGUCGUUCGUUGGCUCCCCUUCUCAAGCAAUAAGAAAUAUGUUACAGCCCGCCACCGGUUCAGCUUCCCCUCCCCUCUUUCUUCCAGCUUCACUUUUGUCACAAACUGCAAAACUUCUACUAGCGAGCGAAACGAGGCAUGAAGAUUGCGGCUGAGAUCUGAAAUCUGAAAUCUGAAUUGAAAUCUCC